CGGGUUUUUUGUGCAGUCCGCGGGUGGUUGCCGUAUACAGUCUAACCCUGCCUAUCACCCUUCCCGUCUACCCUUGUUGACAAGUUAAACUACCGCGGGAAAUUCAUUGCUAGUUGCUCAGUCCGUGUGGGUAAUUUACAUGGGAAAAUGUCUAAAAAGAAAGGUCUCAGCCUUGAGGAGAAGAGGACUCGCAUGAUGGAGAUUUUCUUUGAGACCAAAGACGUGUUUCAGCUGAAGGACAUAGAGAAAAUUGCUCCGAAGUCAAAGGGAAUAACACCCAUGUCAGUGAAAGAGGUCCUUCAGAGUCUGGUGGAUGACAACAUGGUUGACUGUGAGAGAGUGGGCACAUCCAACUACUAUUGGGCCUUUCCCAGCAAGGCUCUACAUGCACGGAAGCACAAGGUGAAGGAGCUGGAGAAGCAGCAUUCUGAGGCAAAGCAACGUAAAAUGUCUCUGCAGCAGGCUGUCGACAAAGCGAAAGUAGGACGUCAAGAUACAGAUGAGAGGGCCUCUUUGCUAAAGGAACUGCUGGCUCUGAGGGAGGAGAGGACCAAUCUGAAGGCUCAGCUGGAGAAGUACAGGGAGUGCGAUCCGGAAGUGAUCGAGGAGAUAAGAAGGUCAAAUGUCACAGCUAAAGAAGCAGUGUCAAGAUGGACAGAUAAUGUCUUCGCCAUCAAGUCCUGGGCCAAGAGGAAGUUUGGUUUUGACGAUAGCCGUAUCGAUAAGGCUUUUGGGAUACCUGAAGACUUUGAUUACAUGGACUAGUCGCUCAAUAGUUAAACUUUCUAAGAAUUGUUUUUGUUAUUGAGUGACAGCCAUUUCACACCCCUGACUCACAUCCAUUUUGCAUUACAAUUCAAGCCAAACGCGUUACUUUGUGUUAAAAGGGCACUAAAUUCAUUCGGCUAUUCCAAAAAGAACAGCCUAAGAUUUUCAGAGUUGACCUGGAGGAGCGGACAUUUUGGCGUUCGCCCAGGGCCUUAGGUGGAAAUGCCGCUUAGGUGGAACCUGAGAAAGCGCUGUGCUAACCUUUGGCUGCUCCAUGGGGUGGGGGGUUUGGGACACCUGUUUGCAUGAAACCUGAGCCCAGAGUUGUUGAAGGAAAUGAGCUGUGACUCCCCUACCCCCCACCC